ACAGCGAAGGCAUAAGUCCUGGUCAGAGAAAGUGAUAAAGAGUGACGCAUUCGCAAAGUUCCGGAGUAAGGAAAUGGGUGAUAUUCCGGAAAAGGACUGCACUCCAAUGGAAGAAUUUAAAAAUGAAAUUGAUCUACAGGAAGAUGAGCUUCCUUCAGCCAUUCAACAAAAGCGGGAAAUCGAAACAAUUGAUAAUGAAAGCACUUGUUCAUAUGCGGGUAAACAAUCUUAAUAUCCUUCUGUUUAAGAUUAACUAAAAAUGUAUUAAACAAUUAAUGAAGUCAUCUAAGAGAAGUGAAAGAUUAAAAUCAAAAUAUCUUCUUAUAUAAAAUCGUUAGAAUCAAAACAACGUCUAAUGAUAUAAUAUCUAUUUUUUCGUUAAUUAUUCAUAAUUAUUUUAACUAUUAGAGAACAUGUUUUGAUUUAUAAAGUAAAAUUUCUUAUGUGGCAAACACUGUAAAGGAAUUUUGUUUGUUCACCUUACCGCUACUUGAAGAAAAUAUUUUAAACAUGUUUGAUAUGCUGUAUACAGACAGUAUUUCUUUAUAGAGAUAUUGUCUUGAAAUAGAUCAUUACGUGCCUAUAUUUAUCUAUAGUAAUCUCUUUUCAAGUUUAAUUUUUUUCUUUUCUUCUCUUCAGUUACUUUUUGACUAAAGUUAGGAGGAUGAAAAGGAGGUCAAUAACUGUUAUCGUCUUAUUAAAUGAUUUGCUAUAUACUCCUUUUCUUAUCUUAAAUAAAUGUAUUUGAUUUACUUGAUUCAUUUUUCUAACUAUGUAAAUAAUCUUGAUAACAAAGUUAAAUAGACUUUAUCCUCUUUUCUAGUUUCUCGGUCUUGGUAUAAGAAAUGGGAAGAUUAUGUUGGAAUAUCGUCAAAUUACGAUCCUUCAAUUCAAUAUCCGAUUCCUGGACCAAUUUGCAUGGAUAUUCAUAACGAAAGUAAUAAUGAGUUUAUUAGCGAGGAGGCGUGGAAAAUGUUUGUUAAAUGGUACGGCGUAAACAAAUUACAUCAUUUGGACAGGAAACAUUUAUAUUUCAAGGAUGAGAAGGUGUUUGAUGUUUGUAUUCUAACACCUUUCUCUGGAAUUACUGAACACAGAGUAAAGAAGUUUAAUAGAUUCGAAGAGAUUGGCUGGGUAGAACUUCAAAUGAGACAGAUGUUUCAAGUUCUUGAAACUAAGGAGACCCGAUUAUGGAUAAGUGAAAAAGGGCAAAUGCCCAAAUUCAGGCAAUUAUUGACAAGAUCCAGAAUGUUGAAUGAUUGCAUUGUUAGAGAUAAAACGUACAUAUUGGCAAUUGAAGAAUUGAAUGAAAAUCGUUGGACAACAGGAGAACCGGGAGCCCCUAAGGGCUCUCUAGAGAAAUAUUCGGAUCUUGUGCAAUUUAAAUUUCCUAGUACUAAUGCGUUUGAAAGUGAAAUUAAUAAACUUUUAAAGAAUCUUUCUGCUGAAAUGGCGGAAUCUAUUAGAAAGAGUACGGAACAGGUUGUUAAAAACUCUCAACAACUUAUGGAAAGGAAAGAAGUUAACUUGGAUGAAAAACUGAAGAAAGUUCUUAACAAAAUGGAAGAAUACGAACAGAAAUUAUCUGAAAUUAAGAAACAAAAAGUCGAUAUAGACGAAAGGGAACAGAAGUUAAGUAAAAAAUUAAAAGAAUUGGAACAAAGGGAAAGUACAAUCGAUUUUAGAGAAAAUAAAUUUGAAAAGGAGAAAGAAGAGAUUAUAAAUUUAAAUAAAAUUCUUGAAUCAAAGGUAAAGUUAGAAGUAGGAGGACAAUCUUUUUCAACUUCCCUUAAUACUCUAACAAAAGAAGAGGAUUCACUAUUAGCAACGAUGUUUAGUGGAUGUCAUAAAUUGCAACCGGAUCAAGAUGGAGUCUACUUCAUAGAUAGGGACGGAGUUCAUUUCCGUUAUAUCCUAAAUUACUUAAGAGAUUCAACAAUAGAUCUUGGAACAUUACCACAAGAUAUUUCUGUAUUAAGACAAAUAUUAAGUGAAGUGAAAUACUACAAGUUAUCAAACUUUGCGGAUAGGUUGGAAAAGUUUAUCAAUUCAUUCCCACAUUCAGCAAAAUCUUGAAUCACUUUUCUUUUUUUCCCUUUGAUCACCAAAAACUCAUUAACUGGUGUUAAUUACUAUUUUCCCCCCUUUUUUUGGGAUUUUAUUGUCUAGUGAUCGUAUUCUGCAGGUUAUUGGUUUUUUUUCUAUAUAUAUAUAUACUGUAUAUUCCUUAUUUGGCAAUAGCUAUUCAUAAUUAUACAGUUUUUAUCAAAUUAAGUUUAUAUUUGUCCAAAAUAAACGACUG